AUGCGGCCAUGGCAGUUGGGAAGGUUGAGCCCAUUCGAUUGGCGGCGGGGAACCAUUAGCGGGACCAGCAGCAUUAUGGCAGCCCAGCCAUUGAGCAGCACGGCGGCAACAUCCGCGGCAACAACUGCGGCAGCCGGUGCAACAUCGGCGACCCUAACCACGUCAGCCGCUUCCACAUCGACGGCAGCCACGUCCGCAUCCGCAUCGGCAUCGGCAUCGGCAUCCGCGGGAGCCACGUGGAUGCAGAACCAGCAGAGCCAUCAUCAACUGGUGGCGGAUGGCGGUGGCUCCAAUCCGGCGAACGGCAGCGAUUCGCAGGCGGGCGUUGAGGGCCCCACAAUGCCGGCCGGCUACUUGCCGAACUACGAGGAUGUGGAAACGGCGGCGGAGGACGCCGGCUACGCGCUGAUCGACGACAUCAGCGAGUGGCUGUUGGGUUCGGUGGGUGGUGAUGAGGUGGCCGUGGGCGGGCAGGAGAACACGACGACCUUGGCGGUAACGAACGGCGUUGGCGGCGCCAAUGGAACGCUGGGUUGGCUGGAGGUGCUCAACAGCACGCUGCCAAAUGGCCGAAGCAACUCGAGCGCGGAGGAAGUAGAGUUGGAGGCUCUGGAGGAGGGGGUGGGGGAGCGGGCCAGGGGGCGGUACGCCCUGCGCAGCUUUCGGUGA